GCGUGCUUCAAAAAUGAAAGUGUUGGUUUCUAUUCUGUUUCUGGCUGUUGCAUCAGCUAGUAACUCCACUGGUCUGGACGAGAUUCCUGAUAGCAUCAUAACCAAUGGCUAUACAGCAGCUGAGGGCAAAGCUCCCUAUGCUGUGGGCCUGCAAUUCCAGAAUUCCUGGUGGUGUGGUGGUUCCAUCAUUGGCCACACUUGGGUAUUGACAGCUGCCCAUUGCAUUCACAAUCAACACUAUGUGGACAUUCAUUAUGGCUCCAACUGGCGAUGGAAUGGCCAAUAUAGUCACCGAGUUCGCAACUACAAUUUUAUACAACAUCAUCUCUGGCCCAAUACGAAUGGCAAUGAUAUUGGUCUGAUUCGUACACCUUAUGUCAACUUUGAUAACAGAGUCAAUCGGAUUGAGUUGCCCUCAUUCAAUCAAAGGAACCAAGGAUUCGAGCAUUGGUGGGCUGUUACCUGCGGCUGGGGAGGACAGGCUAAUGGACAACUGGCCGAUUGGCUACAAUGCGUCGAUCUGCAGAUCAUGAGCAAUCAUGAAUGCGGCCAAACAUAUGGCAAUAUUCCCAAUGGCAUUUUGUGCGUCCGAACUCCGGGUGGACAGUCUACUUGUGGUGGCGACUCUGGCGGACCUUUGGUUACCCACCAUAAUCCCAAAUUGGUUGGUAUCACCUCCUUCGUUUCGGGAGCGGGUUGCACGGCCAGUCAGCCAGCAGGAUUCACUCGUGUCACCGCCCACUUGGAUUGGAUACAUAAACAUUCUGGUGUUGGUUACUAAUAACCACAACUUUUAUAUUUGAAAAUACCAUCAUAAUAAAAGAGAUCUUACGAGCAUAA